AGGUCCUGCUAGAGGCCAUGCUAUAGGCUCAGUUGAAGGGAAUUCUUAAGGCCCCACUGAAGGCCCUGUUGAAGACCGUGCUAAAGGACCUGUUAAAGCGGAUGUUGAAAGCCCUACUGAAGGCCAUGCUGAAGGCCCUGCUGGAGGCCAUGCUGAAGGUCCCAUAGAAGGCCAUGAUGAAGGCCCUGUUAAAGCGAAUAUUGAAAGCCCUACUGAAGGCCCUGUUAAAGGCCCUGCUGGAGGCUAUGCUGAAGGCUCAGUUGAAGGGAAUGCUUAAGGCCUCACUGAAGGCCCUGUUGAAGACCGUGCUGAAGGCCUGUUGGGCUCCAAACCAUAGGCAGUAUAUAUUGCUGGAGAUACUGACCCACUUUCAGUGGAAGAGGUGUGGACUUCAACCAUGAGUGGUGACAGUAGUUGCCCCAGAAACGUGACUCAAACCGAUUCGUCAAUCACUGACGACUGGCUCCAAAUGGUGUUGCCCAUAUCGUGGAAAUAUAUCAACUGAAUUGGCUUCACACUGGAGCUGGAGGUAAGAGAAUUCUAUCUGUGACAUCACACCCGCUUAGUCCAGUAAUAACAUAUACUGUCUAUGCUCCAAACAUGUGGUAAACUUAAGAGCCAGCCUGAAGCAGGCCACAGAGAAGACCAAAGACAUGCUGAGGAGUGAAGCUACUCUGGUGUUCAUGUAAAGCUUGGAGACAGAAGCCUCCACACCUGCUGUAGAUGUCUGCCUUAUGACCUGCACUGUUUCUGACAAUGCCACACAAUUAGAAAGAUUUACUGUGAAUGUUUUAAAAUAUAUAUUUAGACUUAUAUUUUAGAGUUUGGCUGUUCCUAAUUGAAGAUGCAGAUAAUCAGUGGUAGAGUGGUAAAGAUUUGCUCGGACAUCAGAGCCCUCAGGCAUGUAGCAGCUUGUGUUUCUUUUGAAUCUUGUUUGGAAAGCUUUCAGAGGAACUGAAGCAUAACCCAGCAGAUGUCAGCAAAGAGCCUGUCCUGAUGCUCAUCUUCCUCCUUCCAUCAGCUGUCCUCUCAUUGAUGCUCAGUGACUCACCCUAUGAGUUCAUCCUGUUCCACAAUCUCCACAAACAAAACUCCUUUUGUUCUGCAAGCAGGUGUGAAGAUCAAGACCAGCCAACAUGUCUGAGGGAAAGAAAAUGACCUCCAGCCGCAGGCAUCAUCUGAAGAGCUUGAUGCUGCAGAUCGCUGCAGGCUGGUUGGAGCAGGAGAAGAAGGAUGCUAUUGCAGCAAAGGAGGCUUACAUGGCUGACAACUGCCCUGCACCCGACCUCAGCGGAGACCAGAACGCCCUCAUGGAACUCUGCAAGAAGCUCCAUUCAGCCAUCGACAAGAUUGAUGAGGAAAGGUACGACACAGCAGCCAAGGUGGAGAAGGUGGAUAAAGAGAUCCAGGAUCUGAAGCUGAAGGUGAUAGAGCUGGCCGGAGUGAAGAAGCCCGCCCUGAAGAAGGUGCGCAUGUCUGCCGACGCCAUGCUGAAGGCCCUGCUGGGCUCCAAACACACGGUCAACAUGGAUCUGAGAGCCAACCUGAAGCAGGUCAAGAAGGAGGUCAAGGAAGAGCCCACAGAAGCAGUCGGCGACUGGCGUAAGAACAUUGAAGACAAGGCCGACAGGAAGAAGAUGUUUGAGUCCUCUUAAACAGUGCUUGACGUACCGUGGACGAAGGCAGGAGAAAUGUUUCUAUCCGAGGUCUGGGUGACUGAAAGCCUUUGUGUGUCUCACAGACUUACGGACUGAGAGUUGCGGUGGAACCGUCUGAUUUUUGAUCUCGUUUUGUGACCCGGUCACCCCUGAGAGACUUUGAACCCAAAAACAGAAGCAUCAUGUAGCAUGCUGCAAAAACCUCUGCCAGAGAAGCAUCACUUCAACAUGUACGCAUGUACACUUCAACAUGCAAACAAUAGAAAUAAAACAAUUGAAUUAAGGAUGAA